GGAUGUUGAACCCAGGGGGGUUUCUGUAUCACUGAUGGAGCUGUUAGCAAUAAGUGGUUACACCAUUACAGGAAGUAGAGCAAGAAGGUAUGGGAAAUCAAAUGUGAAGCGAGCGUGGUUUAUAAAAGGCGAGGUGGUUCAUCGAGUGAUGGGUUAAAAAAAUUUCAAAAAGCUAUUUGUGGCCUGCCGGUUCGCACACCAGAUACAGACAAACCAGCAUGGAGGCGCUUCUUUUUCUAUUUCCUCAAUUCAACUACAUGGCCCCAAAGAAGGAAGCGUAUUUCAAAAUGCUUGGUCCAGAAGACUUGCAGCCACCAAAGAUGAAGGACGAUUGUAGCAGACAGAAAGACAAGGAGAGGAAGAGCCGACUAAGCCUUUUUCUCACCAAGUCAGGCUCUCAUGAAAACGUCAGUCGCAAUAAAGAGACAAAUACGACACCCACCACCAUCUCACCAGAAGCGGCUUUGCAAUGGAGCGACUCCUUUGAAGAAUUGCUGAAGCACUCAGAUGGGGUGGAAAGCUUCUCUCAGUUCCUCAGGACAGAGUUCAGUGAGGAAAACAUUGAGUUCUGGUUGGCCUGUGAAGAAUACAAGACCAUUGAUUCAGACAAGAAGCUGCUGUCCAAAGCCAAAUAUAUUUAUACGAUUUAUAUUGAUUCAGAGGCUACUAAAGAGAUCAACAUUGACUACAACACCAAGACAGCCAUUCAGAAGGUCAUAGCACAGCCCACAAAGAGCUGUUUCGAAGCAGCCCAGAUGAAAGUCUACAGCCUGAUGAAAAAAGACUCCUACCCCAGGUUCCUCCUCUCUGACAUUUAUCUGCGGCUCACCAGGAGGAAAGGCCCGGGGGCCACCAUGUUUCGCAGACGGUCACGCUCCUGUGUAUUCAACGACAGGGGCGAGGCCAUAACUGAACCUUCGGCCUGGUAGUGGUAGGCUAACAUUGCAGACUCACUCAGAUUUUUGUAUAGGGGGUAAUCCGUGAUUAGCAGCACGGCUGUUGAAAUGCAAUGUGUGGUUCGGAGGCUUAUAAUCCACAGGUUUGCUUCUGCAGUGUGUUAUUUUUUUAUAACCACUUCCAUAAUACCAUGGCAUCUUGCCAAUGAUAAACAAUUUAAAGAAAUAGUUCUAGAUUUUGGGGAAUACGCUUAUUUGCUUCCACGCAGAGUGUAAAUUGAGAAGCUUGAUACCUCUCUCCUACCACACAGAUGUAUCUUCUCGUCAUCUUCUUCUUCUAAUCUUGGCCAGACAGUGUAUAAACGUAUUUCCCAAGAUAUCAAACUUUAAGUACUAUACUACACAGCUGGAUAACAGCUGACACCAUUAGCCUUUUCGGCCCAAAAGAGUACGUUUAGAACUGCUAUGAGGCCACUACGUCAGAGCAGUGUGGUUAUCUGAACAUAAUGGAGAACAUCUGGCCAAUCAGAACUGAGUAUUCUCUGUGGCCAUAAGAGAGUAUUCACUUUGCACAUGUGGAACAAUCUAAUCUCCUUCUCUGAGGCACUGCACUGCUUGUGGAUUGAACCGUUAUUGAUGAUUUUAAGAUUUCCUCAAAUCUUGCAAAACUCAAAUGUCAAUGGGAAGGUUAGGGACAGAAUCUCAGCUAAAGUGCCUCCAUGCUACUGACAGACUCAUUACACUUCAAUUGUUUUGUCUUUCAGUCCAGCAAUAGCACCUUAUACAACCGUAAUACAGUUGAUAUGGCAUGCAAGCUAAUUUGACCAUAUCUCAUUAAAAUGGGCUCGUGAUUUUAUCCCUCGCAUUGUCCAACCCCCUCCAGGCUAACUGGCAGAGCAAGCCUGCAGCCACGGUGACUGCAAAGCACAGAAACGUUUUAGUAAGGGAUAUAUAUCUCUCAUUUCUGUUUCUGAAAUCAAAUGUAUCCCAUUUUCACACACGGAAAAUGCAUAUAUCUUAUUUGAAUACUAAUAUGACAUUAUAAUAAUUAUAAUUGCUGUUUUUCAGUUUGCUGUCAUCUAACAUAAUUUAUGUACUGCUAUGCUCAUAUGUGUUGCCUUGCUGUUGUAAAAUGUACAUACUAAACUCAAAUAAACACUUAAGAAGCUGUUUUAAUGAGGCCUUUAGUGUCAUUAAUUAGUGGGUGAAUGGUCACAUCUAAAUGUGACAAAUGGAGACAUCAUGUUUGCAUAUUACACUAAUGGGAAAAUUGGGAUCAUGUGUACGUGCCUCCCUAUCCCAAAUUGCUGAUAAAUGAAUAGACCUUAUCAACAGCAACCCCUCUAGCACAUAAUUAUUCAUGUUACUGUAUAUGUACAAGAUAUACUUCUUACAAAGACAAAUAUAUAUUAAUUAGAAACUGUCAGUGAUCCCACUCACCCCCAAACUCUUGAGUAUGUACAUACAUGUGCACAGAUUCAAGCUGUGUACACACACAUACACACACAGAGAGCUGGUUUAUCUCAUUAAUACAGAUGUCAGGGUUUCUAAUAUAGCCUUUAGAGAGAAGUCCAUCUCAGCCCAAAAUACAGAAAUAGAACGACGUUGACUACCUCACAGUUGAGAUUAAUUAAACACCCAUGUAGACAGCGGCAUGCGUGUUCUGCAGUUCCUGCUGUCCUCUCACACGAAUAGUCAGAGAAGAGAGGGGAAAUAUGACGAUGUACUAACAAAGGUAGGAGCUCGGCUGGCCUGCCAAAUUCAUCACAUUUUAAGAUUAGUUGCCCGCUCAGAAUUCUGCUGGCAGAUUUCUUGUUUCUUUCCCAUUGGUAUUUAAAUGUGUGACUCAGUGGCUGCGCUAAAAGCCUCUGAAAUCAUCCACAAGGUAAAGAUGUAUUGUAGGGAUGCUGAAGGGAAACAACAGAGUAUAAAGCAGUUUGCCUGGAGAUAUGAAGCUUGUAAAACAAGAUGAAUACCAGUCUUAGAGAAGUUUAAAACAAAAAGGUUUGUCAUAAGGUUUGCUCAAACAAAUUUGUUUCUUUUAAAAGAAUCCUUCAAUCUUUGCCAUAGUCUGUCAGUAUUUGCACCCGUGGGCUUUUUUGAAGUGAAGAAAACCAAAUAACAAAUAAACCACUGAUCUCAAAUCAUUUUUCUGGCAAACCUUUAUAGCACAGGUUCCCAUUUUCAAGAACAAUUUUGUCUCAUCUCAGAAGCUUUUAUCUAACUCUAUGUGAGCCAAAUUUAGUAACAGAUUUGCUGACUCCCAGUCUCAGAUAUUGAGUUGUGAAAUUGUCCCCUUACAAUUCUGUUUUGCACUUGGUGCUCUUGGCCCGGCAAAGAUAUUGACCGACCUAAAUAAAACAUCAGUGCAACUGCAAGCAAAGGGCCACGGUCUGUUUAUGAAAGACUCGAGGUGAAACUUUGGUCCUUCAAUUCUAAACACCGUACUUCAAAUAAAGUUUUAAGUGUUUAUGUGGGAGAACAAGAAACAGUUGAAGGCCUGAUGGGCGGGUUCCCUCGAUGCUAAAAGUGGCAGGAUGUUUAUCAAUGAAUAGGAACCAGGUUUUUCUUAAGAAUCUUUGCAGGCUGAAGGGUAAUUAUCCUUCAACGCAAUUCUGUGACAAAAACUAGUGUGUCAUCUGCAUUGGACUGAUAAAGCAUGCUGAAGAAAAUGAACAAAAAACAUGUUUCACUGAGUCUUUUCACUGAGGUCGAGUAGAUGCUCGGCCUAGAGUUGUUCUAUGGUUAAUCUGGCUUCAUAUAUUAUUUAAGGACAAUCAGAAAUUGGAAGAAAUGUACUGCUGAAAGGGUGAGACAUGUAAAAAAGAAAGAAGGAAAAGAAGGUCUCUUCGGGAUCCCUGCUGCUUACUGUUUUCACUAUUCAAGUCAAGAGAGAGAGAUGAUUUCUAAAUAAAUGAAAGGCAUGCUUACUGAUGUACUUUCAGUGGUUUGAAAGCCAAUUCAAACAGGUUUUUAACCUUUGUACCCUUCACCAACCCCAACCCUGCAGGGGAAAGGUCAAACCCCUGUUCAUCAUUCAAUUACAGAGAGAGGUGGACACUUAAUGCAAUUGUAAAAUAGAGAUCGGGGGCCUGGAGAUGACUAGAGUGCCACCCUGUGUGCGGUGAAAAUAUUGCAACUUGGUACCAAGUGAAUUGCUUUAUCACUAGUGAAACUCAGCAAAUUUCAUUUUAGAUGUUAGAAUGAAAACCAAUCAGUGUUCUUUUACAAAAUGAGCCAUUUCAGGGCUGUGGGGAGUCCCUUACGCCCUUGGAUGGUAACACUGACUGCUCAGAAUGAAUUUUAAGUUCAAAAACAUGGAUACUCUACAUUGAGCGCUCAAAGAAGACACUCACCAUUAAAGUCCUCAUAUCUUUCCUCGCGGUUCCUUUUUUGAAAAACAAAUUACUCUACUUGGAGCGUCUACACACAUGCAAAUAGGGGCAGCCUGGGUGUUUUCCAUCACCUGUUGUGAUUUACAUCCUUGGUUUGUUUGGGUCCAUCACAUCCCUACCAGUGGUCAGGAAGGUCAGGACAGGUUAAAAUGCACUGGAUAUACUUUUACAGAUAUAUGUAGUACGAUUCACUGUGCAAAUACACCAAACAGACCCAAAAGAGCGGAGGACAGUCCUCCACAUACAACUCAUGAGUAAUGAUAUUCUCUGAGGCUGGGAAGUGGCAAGUCAGAAAUAUCUCUCUUGUGUUGAUCUAUCUCAAAUCCCACGAAUAUGUAAUCACACAGAAUGUCUCUGCUCUUCUAAACAUUCUGCUUUAUCUUAGUAAAGUACUUUAGUAAAUACUAAAAAGUCUAAAUCAAACAUCCAUGGAUGGAAGUUUAAACGUACACAAAAGACAUUGUGAACACAACUGCUGACUCAUGUUGCAGCAGUAGUUAAUCACCCUACUGAGAAUAUGUGGAGUGAAAAAUGUAUUCAGUUCUUUACCUGGUGUUGUUAGUCAUGUUAGCGGCACUUCUCUGGCAAUGUUCCUCUGUCAGUCAGUUGUUCUGUCGGUCGGUUGGUCGGUCCACCGCUGUGGUUCAGACUGAAAUAUCUCGACAACUGCUGCGUGUAUUGCCCCGAAUGUUUGCACGUACAUUCAUGUUCCUCAGAGGAUGAAUCUCACUAACUUUGGGGAUCCCCUGACUGCUACCAGCAGGUCAAAGCUUUAAUGUAACCUGAGAAAUAUCAUCACCUAGAUGGGGUACAUUUUGUACAUGACUUUGGUGAUCCCCUGACUUUUCCUUGAGCACAGCCAUGAGGUUAACAUUUAAUGAUUUUCAGUGAAACGUCUUGACAGCAACCUGGAUGGAUUGCUAUGAAAUUUGUAACUGACAUUAAUGUUCCCCUCAG